AUGCUUGGGACGAUGCUUCCGAUUGCAUGCUUGCUCUUUCUCAGCGCGUUACCGGUCCACGCUGCUUUCUCGGACUUCUAUUUUGCAGGCAACAACGGAAGUUCAAGCGAAAGGAGAACGUGUCCCGGCUCCUCUUUUGCCUGUGAACCUCCCAAUGUUUGUGCCUACGACGACCGCUUAACAAAAUGGUAUUGCUGCGACGCAGGUGCUGCCGAUGCAGUCUGCUGGGGACCCAAUGUCGCCUGUGAUGGGGGAGAUAGACGUACACCCUCUGGUAGUCAACAGGUCUGCUCGUCUGGAUCGAAUGCUUUCUGUUGUUUGAAGUCGAGUGAGAUCUGUACAGAGAGAGCAAACCAGGUCAAUAUUUGCUGGAGCACUCUCAAGGAUCCAGUCGCCCUUCUCAAUGCGACGGUAGUGAACGAAACAGCGCAAUCGCUCAUAUCCGCCCGCCCGUCUGCCGCUAAAUAUCCCAUUAGCUUAUCGGAUCUACAAGCAUUGUCCUCGACCACGGCGACUCCCUCCUCCGCAACUCCAAGUCCUUCCGGGAACCCUCCCUCCUCUUCCGUUGCGCCGCCCGUGUCAGCCGCAGCAACCGCUUCCUCUCCUUCCUCGCCCACAUCUACAGCCCAGAACAAUGGCGGUUCAGGUCUCUCAAGUGGCGCAAUAGGCGGCAUCGUUGGUGGAGUUAUUGGCGGGCUGGCAUUAGUUGGUAUUGCUGGACUUCUGCUAUGGCGGAGAAAGCGAAACAGCAAGAGCAACCCAUAUGAGCCGGCUAAUGCGCACUCUCCAACACCAUACUCAGCAAACCAUGCGGUGGAGAUGGACGCGAAUCAGACCUACUUAAACGCGCCGGCAACGGAGAAAUAUGGACAGGAAGUUGGACCCAUGGUUGAAGUACCUGCGGAUCGGGCUCCAGCUGAAUUAGGUCCAAGACAAUAAUACAACGACUAGUAUGAAAGGGAUGAAUUGGAGCUCGUGAUGUUGACGGAAUAAGUGAACUAUACCUCUUUCUCAAAUUCUUGUUAGUGCAAUAAUAGGCUUUUGAUCAUUUACCUUGCAACUCUCUGCGAAUCUCACUGCACUCUCCUCGCAAAACACACGCUCUGUCGAAUAAGAAUUUGUAAGGGGCUAGACCCCAGCGGCUGUAUCGAUGACGAUACACAGAUGACUGAUCAAGAGAUGCCUUGUAACAGAGUGGAUUUGAC